GGCGGGGCGAGGCGAGGCCUGGCCCGGCUUGGCUUGAGGGCGGCUGUCAAUCCCAUUUGCGGCAGGAGGUCGAGCGGGACGGCAGCGCCGCCAUGAGUUUGUUUGGAUUGUUCCGAGGUUUCUUCGGCUUCCCGGACAGGGGGAGAGGGGAUCCGUUCUUCCAUGGGAUGACACUGGAUGAUGAGGACGAGGACGAGGAUGACGAGUUUUUCAACCAUCGCCAGGGUGACAGCUUUGGCUUUGGUUUCGGACCUGAUGGAUGGCACUUUGACGAUGGGUUUACCGGUCUUUUCCGCGAGAUGGAUGAACUUUUCAAAGGAAUUGGAAGCUGGGAGACGCCCAUCAAACAGUUUGAAUUUCCUGGGAUUGAACCCUAUCCCUAUGCUGGAGGCUCGGCCGAGGGGAGCAGACGAUCCCCUCGCGAUUGGAUGUUGAAACAGCCGGACAGCGACCACCCCGAGCGGCGUGGCGAGGAGGACCGUGUCCCAGAGCCUGGCGCUGGCCCGCGGGAUAGACCCACUCCGGAGGGGCCGAGUGGCGGUCCCCUGACUCCCUACAGAAGACCAUGGAAUCCAUCCAGUUUUUUUGAAGACGUGUGGAAGACUUGGAGACAUGAAGACAGUGUGAAAGAGGACAAGGACCUGGACUCCACGGUGAAUUCUGAAGGCCUGGAAAAGAUCCUGAAGCCCUCUGAACCCGAGACGAAAUCCUACUUCAAGAGCGUCUCUGUGUCGAAAGUCGUCCUUCCUGACGGGAGCGUGGAGGAGCGUCGCGUAACACGGGACGGUGAAGGGAAUGAGGAGACCAGAGUAACUCGGACGCACGGAGAGCAGUCGUACACCACAGUGACGCAGAGGGACGCGCAAGGGAAGGAGGAGCAGACAGAGCGGAUGCUCAACAUGGACGACCGAGAUCUGCAAAGGUUCGCGGAGAAGUUGGAUCGCCAGGAGGGAGACGACAGUCUGAGCAAGCAGCGGGCUUUCCGUGACUCGCUGUCCUUCCUCGACAGGCUGCUGAAGGGGAUCUUCUCCAGCCGCUGAAUGUCGCCCGGCAACUCGGAACUUGGAGAGGAGGAGGAGGAGGGGGUGGGGGGGCUUAAUUUAAAAAGCGAAGAGACCAUAAUUCAACAGGUCGUGGUGUGUGUGUCUGAGUGAGUGAGCGAGCGAGUGAGAAUGUGUGUGUGUUCAUGAGAGAGAAUGUGUGUGUGUAUGUUUGUGUCUGUGAGCAUGCGUGUGUUUGAGAGUAACUGAGUGUGUGUGUG